AUGGACGAAUGUAGCAACGAAUUGACGGAUCAAAAUGGAGAGAGGGUCGUGGAAGACUCCUAGUCCUAGCGAGCUGCAGAAACACAGAAACUGCAUUAUAGUGGCUUUUGCUUCACUUUCUUCUUGAUAAGUUCGGUUCUUACGUUCAGUAUUUUCGUGGAAAAUCAAAACCAGGUACCUACUAGCAGAUCCAUCUAGCUAUAAAUAAAAUACCUGUUUAGAAUAACAGGUUGAAGGAAACAUCAUAUUUCCUAUACCUGUUACGCGUAUUUUGUUAUGCAUGCACUUGUCUACGUCUCUACGUCAGAGUUACCCCCUUUCCUCUUCCGUCUUUCCUUUGCCUGGCAUGUGCAAAAACAUUCAGUCUAUCUCUUUUCUUUUUGUGCAUAUCGGUAUUAUCUGUCUCUUUUCGUUGACCUUUGAAUAUGCUGAAUAAUAAUAAUAUAAAAUCUUUGUUUACUUCUCGACUUGUACCAUUGGGAAGCGUUUUUGUUAUUGUGUGUGAUUAAAAAUUUCAAAUUAUUGAUUAAUCAUAUUCCAAAAUUGUAUCACCUAUUCCUUGCUGGAAUGAGAGAUGCUAAUUUUGUGAAUAGCAUUAUUGAACAUCUGUGAACUUGUUCUAUUUCUUCUAAUUCGAUAUCGAAAAGUCAUUGUGAAUAAUCAAGUGCUUAUACAAAUUUUAAUUCAAUGCUAGUGGCAUAUUUCGUUAUGUAACUGAAGGAUAUGGUAGUUAUACGGUGUAUAAGUUGCAAAAAAUAAAAAAAAUCGAGGUUUUGUGAAUCAAAUGGUGUUUGCAAGAAAUAAAUAAACAUUGGAAGUUACGCACAGGACACGUGGGUCUCGAGCUGAUUAAUCGAUAGAGACGUAAGACGCGUGCGCCAGUCUCUAUCAACGAGACGAUUAUUUGCCAAGGUCACUUAACACAAACACGUGCAAUGUCCGAUUCUAUUUACACACAUGAAUUUCUUCUAGAGCCUGGUGUGGAGAUAAAACAGGAGUCACUCCCUCCCUUCGAGUUAGGUCCGAUGUCCGCAUCGGUACCCAUUCCUCAGCGCCGUACCGACCUCGGUGACUUCAGUUGUGAUCUAGAUUUAUGUCUACAGGACUCCUUGGCCGGUUCCUUCCACAAUGUACCAACAAUGCAAUACAACAAAUUAGCUUUUGACUCUGAAAAUUCAAAAAUGGAAAUUUUGAAUAAAAUGGAUGAUGAUGAUAUAUUUCAAGUAGAUAAAGCAGACCUAAUAUCAGGUCCAACUCUUGCAGAAUUGAAUGCAAAUCCAGACACAUUGCUAGAAGACUUGAAUUUUGAAGAUUUGUUGUUGCCAGAGGAAAAUGGGUACUGCGUGCAGAUUGGUGGUGUCAUGAGCGGAUCUCACCACAAUACCAUACAACUAUCAAACCCAAUGGUCGCUGAGAGUCCUUGCAGCCCAUAUAGCCGAGCACAACUUGCUUUUUCACCUUCCAGUCAGCAUAGCUCAGCAUCUUCUAGUUUUGCACAGCCUGUGAAUCAGCUGCCUGAGCUGCUAAUGCGUUUGGAUGGCUAUGGAGGAGAGAUUGCUUUGGGGCAGUCAGUGCCUGCAUCAACAGUGUUGCCACCAUUUCCCUCAAGCAUCAAACCUCAACAAGCACAGCUGUCAUCAUCAGCCCCGACACAUCUUACUAUGGAACAGAUUUGGCAACGCAGGGAGCCACGCAAGCAUUUAUUAUCAACCAGUUCACUUGCUGAAGCUGGUUCAGCAUCGUCUCUCUCUGGUGGUCUGCUGAGCCCUGUUACAGGCGACUUCUCACAGGAUGAAGAUGACAGAGAUGUGGAGUCAGAUGAAGAUAGUGAUAGAUAUGAAGAUCUCUCAUCUGAUGAAUCAAAUGACGAAUCGGAAUCGAAGCAAGCGCGUAACGCCGCCAAAAAAGAAAAAUUUUUCUGGCAAUAUAACGUCCAAGCCAAAGGGCCGAAAGGGCAGAGAUUAGUUUUGCAGAAGAAAUCAGAAGAUCCACAUGUUUUAAAUUCAGUCACAGAUCCAGUUUUUAGUCCUAAUUGCAGUGUCAGAGGCAUUAAACACAGUGGAAAGGCCAGAAAAGGGGAUGGAAAUGAUCUUACACCAAAUCCAAGGAAGUUGUAUUUGAUUGGAAAGGAGUUGGACAAUUUGGGCAAAGUGAUUAACGACAUGAUUCCAGUGAGCGAACUACCAUUCAACAUCCGGCCAAAGACAAGGAAGGAAAAGAAUAAACUGGCAUCUCGCGCCUGUCGUUUAAAGAAAAAAGCACAGCAUGAGGCUAAUAAAUUAAAACUAUACGGACUGCAGCAAGAGCACAAACGUCUGCUAAGCGGCAUAAAUAAAAUGAAGCAACUAUUGGGAAAUAGAGUGACAAAUCCUCAGAAUAAUGUAGACUGGUCUGCACAUUUACAAAAUAUAGUCACUACAGCUACAGAGGUUAAAAUAGCUGGUAAGACAUCUGAAUUCGUCAACAAAAUACUGGACAACGUUAAGUCGGGCCAAGGGAAUGGCGGCCUAAUUGACAUAUAGAAGGUAAACCAAUCAGAUGUGAAUAUUUAACGAAAGGCUGUUCUAUGUACCUCCAAAGUUAAUUAGAAAGAUUUUAAUAUCUAUCAUAAAAACUUAAUAUUGUCCCAGACAAUUUUAUUUUUGUAUGGUAUCAACUGUAGCAUUAGUCAAUAAAGCUUUAUAAGGCAACUAUAACAGGAAUCUAUAUAUAUUACAUAAAAUGAUUACUGUUUAUUGUCAUAUUUCGUUUCAUACUAAGUAUAACAUAAGUUGGUGUCUAUGUCGUCAUAUGUUAAGUACAUGUAUGUAAUUUUGUAUUAUUAUAGUAAAGAGUAUGUAGCAGGGCACAUGAUAAAGUUUUAAUAAAAAAAACAAUAGGUCAUCGUUUUUGUGAAUAUAGAAAAACUCAAGGACGCAGUGUGAAAUUUUUGUUCGCAUUGUUGCACAUUGUUCCCUUACACAUUAAGUGGGUAGUAAGGAUUAUAGUAAGUAUGACAACAGCACUUACCUAAUUGUGAUGUACGUCAAGGAUAAUAAAAAGGAUACUUUUACUACUUUAACUCUAGAUUUUACUUGCUCUUUACGCUACAUAAUAUAGAAUACUAGAUUUCGCCCGCGGCUUCGCCUGCUUGAAUUUCGUAGUAAAAUCUCGGUCAUUCUUUUAACGCGUAUUCUGUAAGACUGGUAAAAAUAUAUGAUUCAAAUUCGUAUUUUUACUCAUCUUUAGUUAAAUUUUUUGUUUCCCGCACAUGUCUCGUCUGGCAACUUGUCCAAUCCCGCUUCGUUCUAUGUAGGGAUCCCAUACCGUUUCCUACAUAUUGUCCCAUCACGUUUUCGCAGUGUAUCCCGCCCCAUUUCCAACUACUUGCCUCGCCCAUUUUCCACUACGUGUCUCCGUCCCAUUUCCUGCUCCGUCACCCACUCGCGCUGUCUGCAACGCGACGCGUCCACGACGACGUAUUACGUCCCGUUUUUUUAUUAACCACAAACGUAAAUCAAACAUUUUACGGGUUUCUCUUCAAAAAUAAUUAAGUUUCAAGUAAAUUUUCACCCCUUCAUCAUUCCCCUAGAGAUAAUUUUCAAAAAAUAGAUAAUGCAUUAUUAUAUUUUCUUCUUCCUCUUACCUAACAUACCACACACGCCCCGGGGAACCUACAUGCCAAAUUCCAGCUUCCUACGCCCAUUAGUUUCGGCUGUACAUUGUCUGUCAGUCACUCAGUGACUGAAGAGUUUUAUAUCUAUUGAUUGAUUAUUUAUUUAUAUAUUUCUGAAGCGGUAUUCGGUACGAUAGUAUGUAUAGAUAAAUUUUAAUACGCCAUGCCUCAGUUUUGCCACAUGCUUUACUGCGGUAUACGAUUAUAUAAUUAUGUAAAAAUACACGUACAUUGAUACGUAUAAUAAAUUUAUCAGCGUCUCCGUCAGUUAUUCGUACCAAUAUGAACUAAAUGAAACUAUAUUCAUUUGAUGACCUACUUUGACCCAACUUUAUCUUAGUGUUUUAAACACAUGCACAUUUGUAAUUCAGUAAAACAUAGGUUGUGUGCCAGACAUCAAUUAUUACGUCACAAUCUGGUUAGGUCAUACGUCAUACAAUACGAAAACAAAGGACGGUGCACAAAAA